UUCUCCUUCUCGGAAGAUUCCUUUUUCUCCCACUUGAUGGAAAUAUAGGCCACACUUUCAUUAUUUUCCAUUCCACAUUAUUACAUUUUCAAUUCUCACAGGGAUUUCUACUUGUGUCUAGAGAAGAGAGAGAGAGAGAGAGAGAGAGAGAGAGAGAGAGAGAGAGAGAGAGAUUUCCUUCUUCCUUUCAUCUUCUUCUUCCCUCUUCUUCUACUCCAUCAUCACAAGUGUGGUGUGGUCCACUGGUUUGGAUGGCUUACGUCACCCUCUUCCCCUAACACUCUCUCAGCUCCCUCCGCCUACAAUAGAUAAGGGAGAGACCUCUUGAUUUAGAGGAUCGGUAUCAAACUCUUCAUCUUAGAAAUCUAUCCACGUGAUUGUGAUCGCUUCAAGGAACAAGGAAUGGCAGAAGCAGUUGUAUCCGGCUUUCUUCAACUAGUUAUUGAAAAACUAGCAUCGCCAAUCCUAGAACAGUGUGAACUGUUGUGGGGUCUUCACAAGGAGAUGGAAAAUCUAAGAAGCAAGUUAUCGACGAUACAAGCCGUGCUUGAAGAUGCGGAGGAGCAGCUAGUAAAGAGCAAGGCGCUACAAAAUUGGCUGGGAAAGCUUAAAUAUGUGGUUUAUGAUGCAGAUGACAUAUUGGAUGAGUUCACAAUCGAAGCAAAAGUGGAAGCUAAACGCAGAAAAGUGGAGAUUGGGGAUUGCAUUACGAAGGCAUUCAACUUCAUUUCGUCAUCUAACCCAUUGGUAUCCCGUUCAAAUAUGGUGGAUAAGAUAAAGGAGAUAGAACAGAGAUUAGAUGCAAUUGCUGAGGAGAGGUCUAAAUUCCAUUUGAGAGGGGGAGAACGGGUGUUGGAUAUUAAAGGCCGAGAACCAACUGACUCAUUUGUAAUCGAAUCAGAUGUUUAUGGAAGGGAAAAAGAUAAAAGAAGGGUAAUGGAAUUACUUGUUAAUGAGGAUUACAUAGAGAAUGUUAUGGUCAUUCCUAUUGUCGGUAUGGGGGGCCUUGGAAAGACAACAGUGGCUCAGCUAGUAUACAAUGAUGCGAGGGUGGAGAGGCAUUUCGAUUUAAGAAUGUGGGUUUGUGUGUCAGAUGAUUUCGAUGUGCCGAGGCUAACAAAAGCAAUUUUAGAAUCUGUUGCGGACAGCAAAUGUGAUCUCCUAGAUGUGGAUUUACUGCAGCGUCGCCUCCGAGAAAAGCUGAGUGGGAAGAAGUUCUUACUUGUGUUGGAUGAUGUAUGGGAUGAAAAUCCUGAGAAAUGGUAUCGGUUGAAACAAUUUCUCAGAGGAGGUGCAAGGGGUAGUAAAAUCAUAGUAACUACCCGUAUUGAAAAAGUUGCUUUAAUCAUGGGCACUCUCCCUCCACACCAUUUGCGGAGAUUAUCAGAUGAUGAUUGUUGGUCUUUGUUCAAGCAGCGGGCAUUUGGGCAUGGAAGACAAGAACAUCCAAACCUUAUAAUGCUUGGAAAGGAAAUUGUGAAGAAGUGUGGGGGUGUCCCUUUGGCAGCGAAGGCGCUUGGAAGCUUGAUGCACUUCAAAACAGAGGAAACAGAGUGGUUGUUUGUCAAAGAUAGUGACAUUUGGAAUCUACCCGAAGAAGAUGAUCACAUUUUAUCUGCUUUGAGGUUGAGUUAUUAUCAUCUUCCACCGCAUUUGAAGCAAUGCUUUGCAUACUGCUCAAUAUUUCCAAAAGAUCAUAGAAUCGUGAAGAAGAAGCUAAUCCGACUAUGGAUGACAGAAGGUUUAUUAAAUCAUCAGACAGAAGAAAACAAAUGGAAGAUGUUGGUGGAGAGUAUUUCAAUAAUCUAUUAUGGCGGUCCUUCUUUCAGAAUGUUCAGAAAAAUGAAGAUGGGAAUAUAGUAAGG